UCCAUAGAGUAUUACUCUAUGAAAAUGUCUCAAUACUCGUAUUUUAAAGAUAGUUCAUCUUAAUUUAUGAUAACCAUUAUUAUCAAAUAUCCAAAAUAUAGUUAUUAUGUAUAACUUUAUUUUUCAUUAUUUAACUUGUACUUUAAGAAAGUAUUCAUUUUAUUUCUAUUAGUUUACGUUAAAAAAAAAAAAAACUGUUUUUUUUUUCACUAUUUUUGACUAUGAGUAUAAUUAAUGGUUUACGGCGAAUGAUAUAUCGUUUACCCGAUUUUUGCCAUUUUUUAUGUUAGCUGGUGCAAGUAUAGAAUAUUUAAUGAUAACCUGGAGUCCAUUUGAUGUAAAUUUUUACGAAGUAUACAAAAGAAAAGAAGCUAAAAGAAUUGCAGCUGAAAAAUUAAAUAAUAAGUCUUAAUGUCUGGGAGUAUACCACUUGGGCUAUAUGUUAAAUAUUCAUUUAUGGCCUUAGUAUCUAUGAUGGUUGGAUCACAGAUUGUUCAUAACCAUUUCAAACCGUUAGAUGACUUAGAAGAUUAUGUAGAAAGAGAGUUUGAAAAAUUAAAAAAUGAUAAAAAUAACUGAGAAAAAUUAAUUUUUAUUUAGUAUUUUCAAUAAUAAAUAGAAUAUUAAUUUUAUGAUCA